AUGUUUGCCCGGGCUGUCUGCGAUAUGCCGCGACAAGAGAGAUCCAACGCCGACUCUCUUGUAGACCCCAUUACACCGUCCAAGACAGAGCGGGGCUAUGACCAGUACAUGAACCUUUCGUCCUUCUUUUCCACCGGCCUUGUUCUUGACCUCAUCAAGGCUAAUCCGCUUCAGGAUUUCGACAGUGCCAGCGCCCAUGUUGAUAUCCCGCGCAAGAGCCUGGAUCUCUGGUAUCGACUUUGCCGAGUCCCCUUUCUCCGGGGUGCGACUUGGAUCGGUUCUGAAGUUGAUUUUGAUAUUGUCGCUGCACCAAUCAACGCCCCUGAACGUUGCGUCGAUGUCAUCCACGUAGGUGAUGCCUCCGCUGUAAGCCAUCCACGACCAGGACGGGACCCUGCGAUCCUCCGGGUAAUCGAUGGGUCUCAAUUUGGCGCUACCAUCCCGCUUCCACAACAAGCUUCGCUGGAGGUAGCGUUCCAAAAUGCCGUACUCGCCUUUCGUGUCAAAGGCUCGGGCCCGUCGCCGUUCCAGGCCCAAAUCCAUCCAGCACAUCACAACUUCAUGUCAUCUAAAGGCGUCGACAAGAAUCCCUACUUCGCAGUAAAGGAAAUCCCAUCUGAUGGAUAUCAGGGAUACAAGGAUGAGCAUGGCAACAAAUACUACUUGGUGUUCCCGCUAGCCCGUUCGAACCUAGAGGACCUUUGGGAGCAGAAUCCAAUGUCUCCAACUUCACUGCAGCAUAUCCGCUGGGUGUUUGAUCAGUGUCUGGGUAUGGACGAUGGGCUCAAAAAGAUCCACAGGCGUACUUCAUGGUUCAAAGACCGGAAUUUGGACCACACCAAACCUAUGGGACGUCACGGGGAUAUCAAACCCCAGAACAUCCUGUGCUUCGAUACGCUCAAAAAGAACUAUUAUCGUCUUGUCAUCUCCGACUUCGGCUUGAAUCGUUUCCACUCUUCCAAGUCAGUUUCAAUUGUGGCCACCGAGAAAGUCGGCAGUCUGUCUUUCACGUACAGGCCACCUGGAUUCGGCAUGGGGUCACACAUAUCUCAAGCCAAAGCUAGGACGGAAGAUGACAACUCAAGCGAAGAAAAGUUUUUCAAUAUCUACAACGGCAAACCGAUCGUUAAGAACUCAGUGAAGCUGUGGAUCUCCAAGCUUCGAAGACUUGACACAUGUGCCCCAUGCAUCCAAGACUUCCUCGAUCUCAUCGAAGGGCACUUGAUAGAUCCCAACAAGCAAACUCGUUUAAAGAUUGAGCAUUUCCACCCAGAUUUAGAGAAAACAGUGAAAAAGUGUUCGGACGAUACCACGUACUGUGUGAGGGGCAGCCUGAGUCUGGCGCCUGAUGAUGUACAAGAUACUCGUAGUAUAGUUGGACAGCUGAACAGAACCACGGACAAGCCCAUCGAUACAAACAGCGACGAUUCUGCCAGGCUUAUUAGGAAGAUCCUUGAGCAAACGGAUCAGAUAAGGGCAGCAAACAGCGGGACACCAAUCCAGGUGAUGAGCAAGCUGGUUCAGCAAACAACGGAAUCACCAGAAGCCAGAAGACAAUCGACAGCCUCGACUGUGCCCUUCAAUGUUGCGGAUGGAGAUGAUUACAUACUAGCACGUGGUAGUGGGGAAGAUCAUCUUGGACCUUACCCAACACCUCGAACGCCGGCGUUGCCAACGCUCACGAGAAAAGAAGGCGGAAGUAUGUUCCAUCCAUCCCAGCUGACGAUGGGCGAGUCCAUGUCAUCGCAGUUCACCAAUCUCCAGACGACUAGGAGAACCAGCUUGGAUCUUUCCAGGGUGCUACAAGGUGUACCGGCACUAGAGCCGGUCACCGGACUAGCCGACGUUUCUGCACGGUUGAAGGCAGAGCACGAUACACAGUCCACGGCUUUACGACGUCAGCAGUCUAAACGCUCAAGUCAACACACAACCCAACCGGGGGAGGACCGUCAACUACCCGACCACUCGGACCAGAAAGAUGAGGCCUCGACUGCAGGUGGACCCAAAGCAAGUAGCUUAAAUUUAAAUGCUAGUUUUGCUUUACAUGGCAGAAGAGGCAAGCGAGCUCUCACGAAACGUUGCUGGGGCAGGUUCAAACGCGCAGUGGUCGCUUAA